GAUUGAAGCCUAAGUGUAUAAUCUAUGAUAAUAGAAUCUAUGAUUGUCGUUGUAACUUGUACAAUAUUUAAAAUUAUAGCUUGCAAGAAAACAUUUAAAAAAGCACAAAAUGAUGGAAAGUUAUACCGUGGUCUGGUGAAUCUAAAUAAAAUUUAGAUUGCAAUAAAACUUUUAGUGAAGAUACAUAUCUUUUUUGUCUUCACAAAAAUAAAUAAGAUGGGGAAAACGAAAAUGAUAGAUGAACCAAUGGAUGUCGACGAGGGUCCGUCUACUAGUUCUGCAAUUCAGAAAGCGAAUGUUGAGGAAACUGAAGACUUCGAUCACAUUUCUGAUGAUGAGGAAGGUGGAAUACGCAUUGGGGAUAUCUAUAUACCUCCAGCUCCAAAACCAGCAUUAACUUUUGAUACAACGGGCCCUCGGCUCAUCAUUACUCAUAUCGUUAAUGAAAAUUUCAAGAGUUACGCUGGCGUACAAGCUUUGGGUCCAUUUCAUAAGUGUUUUACAUCAAUCAUUGGUCCGAAUGGUAGUGGAAAAAGCAAUGUGAUUGACUCAAUGCUGUUUGUAUUUGGAUAUAGAGCAUCAAAAAUACGUUCUAAGAAGAUUUCAGUAUUGAUACAUUCAUCCAGUAAAUUUCCUAAUAUUAGUAGUGCAAAUGUCUCUGUACAUUUCUGUCAGAUUAUUGAUGGGGAAGGAGAUGACUUUAAAGUUGUACCAAACAGUGAGAUUGUGGUCUCACGGACAGCUUUCAAAGAUAACUCGUCUUAUUAUAUGUUGAACGGACGCAGAGUACAAUUCAAAGAAGUUGCCAAGAUGCUGCGUUCCCACAACAUUGAUUUGGAUCACAAUAGAUUCUUGAUAUUGCAAGGUGAAGUCGAACAGAUAGCUAUGAUGAAACCUAAAGCACUAACAGAGCAUGAGUCAGGAAUGCUGGAGUACUUGGAAGAUAUCAUAGGCACUUCAAGAUAUAAGGAACCAAUAGAAAAAUUGUCUAUAAAAGUUGAAGAGUAUACAGAAAUACGUAAAGAGAAAUUGAAUAGAGUACGUCUGGUCGAACAAGAGAAGUUGAAAUUAGAACAGCCAAUGAGAGAAGCCGUAGAACUGAUGAAUUUAACUAAUGCCGCUUUGAGAACUAGAAAUACAUUAUUACAGAAAUACAUAUAUGAAAUCAAUAAAAUAAUAGAAGCUAAAGAAAAGGAAAUGGUCGAAUUGAAAGAUAAUCUAGCGAAAAUCGACGAAAAGCUGGCCAGACUGAAUGAAAUUUUGAUCGAAAAGACAACCGCAUUAAAAAAUGGAACUCAAAAAUACGACAAGCUGCGUAAGAAAAAAGACGAGAUAGCCGAGAAACUUCAGAACUGCAAAAGGAAAACGGUCACAGUGCAGGCUGAUACCGCACAGUCUAACAAGAAGAAGAAGAAUUUGGAACACCUUUUGGAACAAGAGAGAGGGAAACUCAUUGAAUUGGAACUAAUUCCUGAAAAGAAUGAGAGGGAGAUCCGAGAUUGUGACGAACUGCUGAUCAAACAUAACGAGGCGAAACGCGUAGCUGAUGAAGAAUUGCAAGCAGCUGUGGCUGGAGUCAGAGCGAAGACCCAAACCCUCCAAGAGAAGAAAGAUAAGCUUCAAAUUAAGUUAAUCGGUCUAAAGAACAUCGUACACGAAGCCAAUAAGAAAUUCAAACUGACCGAAUCGGAAUUGAAAAUAUAUCUGAGUACCGAGCAAAAAGAAAACGCCAAGCUAGUCAACAUGAAAAACGCAUACGACAAAGCCCGCAGUGAAAUUGAAGAGAAGAAAAGAUUACUACAAGAGCUAACCACGAGUGUUCCGGCUGAUGAGAAUAUGAUAGGUGAAAUGAAAACGAAAUUGGACGGUUUGAAGCGUGAGGAAGCUUCCGUGUCCAGUGAGCUCAGGACUCUAAGGAUACAACUAGAAGAAUCUAGGCAAGCGAUGAGUGCCAAUAAAUCACGUGGUAGAGUUCUGGACGCGCUGAUGAAAGAGAAGAGAAACGGCAAUCUACCCGGCAUAUUUGGCAGAUUGGGCGACCUAGGCGGGAUCGAUCAGAAGUACGACGUCGCUAUAUCGACGUGUUGCGGUGCGUUGGACAACAUAGUUGUGGACACGGUGGAGACCGCGCAGGCCUGCGUCGAGUUCCUCAAGCGGCACGACGUGGGCCGGGCCACGUUCAUAGCUCUCGACAAGCAAGAGCAUCUGAAGAGGAAUUACGAAGACAGGAGUACAUACCCAGAGAACGUCCCGCGUCUCUUCGACUUGAUCAAAGUGAAGGACGCUCGAGUGUUGCCGGCCUUCUACUUCGGCCUGCGGGACACGCUCGUGGCCGCCGACCUCGAGCAGGCCUCGAGGAUCGCGUACGGCUCGACCAGGUACAGGGUUGUGACCCUGAAAGGAGACGUCAUCGAAAUUGCCGGUACAAUGUCGGGAGGCGGGCGGUCGACGAUGCGCGGUCGUAUGGGCAGCUCGGUGCAGCAGAACACAUGCGAGCUGGACCCCGCGGCCGUGCAGACCAGCGAGAGGAAACUAGCUGAGCUCGAACAGAGAUUAUCUGAAUUACGCAACGAGCAGUCAAACGUAGAAGAGUCUUUGUCUGACUUGCAAAGAAAAGCCAAAGAGGGAAUGUCGAAUUUGAAUAAAGUUAAAAUUGAAGUGAAGAGCUUGUCACAACUGAUACCUGAAUUGGAGCAACAAAUAAAAGCGCAAGAACGAAGAGCGUCUUCGAGUAAAGUGGACCAGCAACGUAAAGCCGAGCUGGAGGCUGUUCUGCAAGACGCGCAAGAGAAACUGUAUGAGGCCACAGGAAAUGCUGCAGAGGUCGAAGAACAAGUUAACGAGGUGGAGGCGCAGAUAUCGAAGAUAGCCGGCGGCAAGGUCAAGGACCUACAGAAGAAGGUCACUGAACUUACGGCGAAGAUCGAUAAGAUCGUGACUGAAACUACGAAGCUGAAGGUCGCGAUCAGCACCAGCAAGCGGAAUGCAAACAAAUCGAAAGAUAAGAUCAAUCAGAUGGACGCAGAUCUCAAAGAAACUGAUAAAACUCUAGAAAGUCUGAAAACACAGAAAAAACAACUCGUUUUGGACAGCGAACAAUAUCAAAAGCAAUUCGAAGAGUUGGAGGAGGAAAUCAACGAGGGCACCAGUGAAUUUUCAGAGCUUAAACAGGAGAUAGCGAAAUUACAAUCGAAAGAAAAUAAGCUGAAGAGUGAGCGUUUAGAAGCUGCCAAUGCUGUUAGCAAAAUGGAGAAGUCCGUGCUCGACUGCAAGAGCAAGAUCCCUCUGUGGGAAAAAGAGCUAUCAAGUCUAAGGUUAGAAGACUCGGGAUUAGACGGCAUCCCUGGGGUGGAGAGGCCGGAACCGCUGCGUCAGCACACCCCCGAAGAACUGGAGGAGAGUUCUGUGGAUGAUCUGAGGAAUAAACUGGCAGCUCAGAAGAAUAGAGUGGGAGAUAAUAAACCUAACAUACAAGCGAUACAGGAUUACAAAGCAAAAGAAGACUUAUAUAUAAAGCGCGCCGCCGAAUUGGACGAGAUAACUACAAAGAGAAACGAAAUGAGGGCACUUUAUGAACAACUCAGGAAGAAACGUUCGACUGAUUUCUUAAGCGGAUUCAAUACGAUAACAAUGAAACUGAAAGAGAUGUACCAAAUGAUAACAUUGGGAGGCGACGCUGAACUAGAACUUGUUGACUCGCUGGAUCCAUUCUCCGAAGGGAUUAUAUUCAGCGUGCGUCCGCCGAACAAGUCCUGGAAGAACAUAUCGAAUUUAUCGGGCGGCGAGAAGACGUUAUCCUCACUGGCCCUGGUUUUCGCUUUACAUUACUACAAACCAACGCCUCUGUACGUCAUGGACGAGAUAGACGCGGCCUUGGACUUCAAAAACGUUUCGAUCGUGGCAAACUAUAUUAAGGAAAGAACGAAGAACGCUCAAUUCAUAAUCAUAUCGCUUCGAUACAACAUGUUUGAGGUGUCGAAUCGUUUGGUCGGUAUAUACAAAACUGAAGACUGCACAAAGUCUAUAACGAUUGAGAACCAGCUACCGGAGCAAGUACGUGUGGACGGUGCGUGAAUAAAACUCGUUUUAUUAUGUAUUAAUUCAUGAAUAUUGUUUAAUUUUUACAAUAAAAAAUAAAUAAAUUAAUUAAAUAACAAA